AUGAUUCCGAGGAACGAAGUCGUGCUGUCUGUCCUGGGGGAGCUCCAGGAGGCCACCGAGACCUCCGGCCUGGACGCUGUGACCCGAGUGGCCCUGGAGGUGGACCAGGUCCUCACCCCCUUCCAGCUCCCCACGACCACCUGUCAGGAUUUCCCAGAGUGGGCAGGCGUGGACGAGGCGGCUCACGGUCUUUACCCAGCCGACGCACCCAGAGGCCUCCUGCCUCUGAACUGCAGCGGGGAAGGCAACUUGUUGUUCGAUGCAGUCAGCAUGUUGCUGGUAGGCAACAACGGACUCAGCUUGGAGCUACAGGUGCGUACCGUAGUGGAGAUGCUACUGUGGAAGAGAUACUACCUCUCCGGGAUGAUUGAUUCUAAAAUGAUGCUCCAAGCUGUUCGUUUCAGUCUUUGCGCAGAAGAAUCUGAAGACAUGGUCAACCUGCCUGUAGCGGUGCUGGAGGCCAUCUUUGAUGCAGACGUUAAAGCGUCCUGCUUCCCCGGCUCCUACGCCAACAUGUGGCACCUCUACGCCCUGGCGUCAGUGCUCCAGUUCAACAUCUACUCCAUCUACCCCAUGUUCAACCUCAAGAUCAGGCCCUACUUCAACCGAAUCAUACGCCCUCGUACCUGGCCCCAAGACUCGGAGCAGCAGACCAUCCACAUCAUGUGGUCCGGUGAGCUGCAGUCGGAGUCCCUGUUCAGGCCGAAGCACUUCGUCUCGCUCGUCCAGACAAGCGACCUGACGUUUGGAAGCCCGAACAGCAACCAGAGGACGUCGCCGGUCAAGAGGGAGCAGCUGCUGAACCAGGACUCGCAUCUGUCCUAUCUGAAUCUGAAGGACAAGUACAACAUCACCAAGAGGACCUUCUACCGCUGGAGGAGGCAGACGCAGGAGCAUUGCAAGAAGUCCGCAGCCAGGUACGAGGCCAAGUAUUUCCUGCAGGCGUGCUACCUGGAGGGCAAGCUAAUCCCUUUGCACCAGUUUAAGGAGUUUUUUCCUGAGAUCUCGAGGUCGUCCUACUACAACUGGAAGCACGAGCUGCUGAAGUCUGGAGGACACUUCUCCACCUCCUCCUCUACUGGAGAGACCAGUCCUGGAGAGAGCACGGAGCAGGAGGCCUGGUCAUCGCCUGAAGCAAAGCAGGAUGAGCCAGACCACCAUGAAAGCGUGGCCAGCAUGUUCGGCCUCACCCUCGGCAAGCUGGACGUGGAGCGCGCUCAGAACGUCGCACACAUGCAGGAGGCGAAGCGUUGCCUGCAGAACUGCAUCGCUAUGAACACCUCCUUCCCCUUCAGGAUCUUCAAAAGAAAUUUUCCAGGAAUCUCGAGAUCGACCUACUACAACUGGAGAAGGGAGGCCAUGCUGUUUAACAGAGGCUACAAAGGCAGCGUCGGCAGCAGCGAGGACAGCUCAGAUGCCGACAAGAGCCACAGCCCGAAGAGUCUGUCGCCAGUGCUGCCCAACGCCAGUCGGCCCAGACUGAAGCUCUGCAAGCGAAAACACAGAAGUUUCAGGCUGGCGUAUAUGAGUAAAAAGCAGCUGAGAGAGGUUGCAAAGUUGCACGUCCAGAAGUCCAAAUGGUCCCUGACCAAGUUCAAGCUCAAGUUCCCGUCCAUGUCCCCGUGUUUCUACUGGCUGUGGCGCAGCAGCCAGAACCGCAAGAAGAAGGUGAUCGUCCAGAGAGCAGAAGUCAACGAACCCCCGAGUCUGGAGAGUAAAGAUGCAGGAAACAAGGUCGAGGAGAUGAGGAUGAAGAUGAAGGCUCAGGAUGUGCUCCCAUUUGCCAAAAGCCCAAAAUAUGUAGAAAGCUCCGGCGUGCCCUCGAUAGAUGCCCCACAUUCAAAGCACACCCUCCACAGAAAGGCACCCAUAAAUGAGCAGAUGUUCGCCAUGGAUGUCGUGGCCCUGGCCAACUUCAAGGCCAAGGCCAAGCUCUUCCUGCAGCAACGCUUCGAGGAGAAAUCUUUUCCCACGUUUAAAGAGUUCCGGUCCUACUUCCCGUUCACUCCGCGCUCCACGUACUACAUGUGGAAGCGAGCUUUGCACCACGGAGUGUCGCUGGUUCAUGGGUAA